CCCAAUCCCUCCCUCCCCUCGUAUCCCUCGACCUCCUCGAAACCCCCCGCCGUGACCUUCCCUUCGAUGCCCUUCCAGUUCCGCCCCGUCGCUCAAACCCCUCCAGCUUCUCUGACCCCGGAUCUCGACGACACGGCCUCCUCCGAUGACCAGUCCGUCUCGGACCCGUUCCACCAGCCCUCGUAUGCGACCGAUGAGGCCGAUGAGGAUGCAGAGGAGGAUGAGCAGCCGGAUGUCGAUGAUCUGAAUCCCAAACGCACCUACCAGGUCGCUCAACCGCCUCCCGGGGCCGAUGAUCGCUCCCAGCCAUCGAUCAGGACCGUUCCAGACCCAGCCUUAUCCUCCAGGGGACCCGCGCCGCCUGCAGCUGUCACAGCCCCAGUGCAGAGGAGCAUCCACAACCCUCCAGUAGACCUGGAGCAGGUCGGGCCAUCGCGAGAGAGCGCGCCCGUAGCUGGGUCGACCGUGUCGACUCGCUCCUUUACGUCUUAUGGGGGCACCCGGACGCCCGACAGUAGCUCAACGGAUGUAUCUCGACCGUCCGACCUGCGUCCUGCACCAGCUAGUCGUGCUGGGUCGGGCUUGCCCCUAUCAUCAGACAUAUGUUCACGCCCUCUCGCCAGCCGCCCGGGCAAUAGGGACAGGAUACCACCCCCUCCGCCCAAGAGUCAUCACGGGAAACGGAUCGCCCUAAGCCCCGGCAUCGCGCCCGCUCUCACCCAAACCACCCCCGGCAAGUCUACCAGCCGGUUCUCCUUCCAUGGCUCCCCGUCUGAGCCUUCAUACUCCCGCCGACCCUCCCAGUCGGGGUCGGACUAUUUCUCAGCCCAGCCCAGGGACGAGCCAGCCCCGCCGCAGCCGGCAGAGUCCCUCCGGCGCAGUCAGUCACAGAACAAGCGGCCACCAACGCCCCCGCUCAGUAGACGACACAGUCAGAUGAGACGGUCAAAGACCACAAUGUCUAAAGUCAACCCAUUGCGGCUCUCCAUUCAUGCGGCACAGGAGUCCACUGCUGCGUCGUCGCCGCCCCCUAGUCCGGGCUCCUGGUCCUUGAAUCCGGCACGAACGCGGGAGUCCCGCACGGGUAGUACACCAUCCGAAGAGCCUAUGGACUCAGCAACCUCGUCCUUGCGCCCUGAGCCAUCGUCCGCUACUCCUGCUGCUGCUACUCCGUUAUCGCCCACGGAGCUAUCGCCAUCGACACCAGCAGGCACGUCGACAAAGCGGACCUCGCUAUACAACCCCCUACCCCCACCUCCGCCGCCGCGACGCUCCCGUGGAUCGAGCAACCACAGCAACGAUAGCAGUGGACUCAGUCUCCGAUCAGGGAAACCAGUCGACAAGAUACCUACGGCAGCGGCACCAGUCCCGGCGGAGGUCGAGUUCAUCCCACACCCAUCGAAUGCCAAUGACAUCCUGGCCGAUUUGACCCGGCUCCAGAAGGAGGUAGACGACUUGCGCGGGCAUUACGAGAGCCGAAAGGCCAGCGAAUAG